AUGGCACGCAAAUAUCUCGGAGGGUCUGGACAGGCCUUGACCGUUUGGAUUUCCGUCGCUGCUUCUACCGUCCUCGUUUUCUAUGGUUAUGAUCAGGGAGUUUUUGGAAAUGUUCUCGUCGGAGAGGAUUUCUUACGGACGAUGGGAUACCCAAGCACGUCGCUGCAGGGUACCAUGACCAGUGUCUAUAAUCUUGGCUGUUUCUUCGGUGCCCUCUCUACUAUCGUCACAGGCGACAUCCUCGGUCGACCCAAAGUUAUCUUAGUCGGAAGUACUAUCAUUGCAUUGGGAGGCAUCAUCCAAGCUGCCAGCUAUGGCGCCCCUCAAAUGUUGGUCGGCCGUGUUGUUGCCGGUCUCGGUACAGGCAUGAACACGGCCACAGCUGGUGUGUGGCAGGCCGAGACUAGCAAAAUGGGAAGUCGUGGAAAACUGGUCAUUAUCCAGAUGGCAAAUUGUAUCACGGGCUUCUCCAUUUCUAACUGGCUCACUCUUGGAUUCUCAUUCGCAUCCGGCAGUGUUGCUUGGAGAUUUCCCCUUGCUUUCCAAGUUUUUUUCACCGCAGUAAUCUGGUGUCUGUGCCCAUUCCUACCCGACUCCCCUCGUCUUCUCAUCCGAAAGGGUAAAUACGACGAGGCAUACGAGGUAUUGGCUGCCCUCGAAGGAGGUGGCGCGACGGUUGACUCCCCAGCCGUUAAGACUCAAUUCUCCAUCAUUAAGGAUGUUCUCGACCGUGAGCAAAUGGAAAGUUAUACAUGGUUCCAGUUACUCAGUGGCAAGGGCCCAGCGGGGGUUCUUCGACGGAUGAUUCUCGGAGCUUGGAUGCAGGCUAUGAACCAGAUCAGUGGUAUUAAUGUCACGAGCUACUACAUGACAUACGUUUUUAUCCAUGCUUUGGGCAUUAGUGAGCUGAGAGCGCGUAUUCUCGCUGCAGCUGGCUCCGUCGACUAUCUACUCUUCUCCAUCCUUGCUUACUUCGUUAUCGAACGUUAUGGUCGCCGCACAGUGAUGAUGACCUCCGCAGCCGCAUGUUCGAUGUGCUGGAUCAUCAUCAGCAUCGUUCUGGCAUUAACGGACAAACAACCAGAGAAUUCCUACAACUACGGUGCCGUGGCAGUAACAUUCUUCUUCGUCUUCUGGGCCGCGUUCGGCAUGGGUGUCCUAGGUGUUCCAUGGCUAUACCCCACUGAGAUCAACGCUUUGGCAAUGCGAACUAAGGGAGCCUCCCUCGCCAUGGCUACGAACUGGAUUUUUAACUAUAUGGUUGCAGAAAUAACACCUUCCGGCAUCGCCAACCUCGGCUGGAAAUUCUGGAUCAUCUGGGCCGUAAUCUGCUUCGCCUUCGUUCCCAUAACCUACUUCUUCUACCCUGAGACCGCGAACCGCUCUCUCGAGGAUAUCGAUCGCUUCUUUGAGUCUAAGCCCGGCAUCUUUAUCCACAGGAAUAAGAUUGGCACACAGCUGAAGCGUCCUGCUAUUUAUGUGGAGGCAGAUCUGAGAAUUGAGGAGCAGCAGAGAGAGAAGGACCAGAUCAGUGCUGUGGAGGUUGAGAAAACUGAGGGUGAGAAAACUAUCCAGUAA